AUGGCUGGUUCGACGUUUCUUAACCCUCAAAUCAAUUCUCGAUGUCAAUCAUCAGUUCAAAAGGAUCCACCAUGUCGAUUUUCUGAUGAAAACAAACGGAAAAGUAUUCUUAUUUGGCUAGAUGCAUAUUUUGAUAAAAAAGAACCUGACUAUCAAAUCUCUCUCGAACAACUGCAGUAUUUAUCUAAUGAAGUUUCUACGUUUAAUAAUCCAGACGAGUGUAUCGACUCUUUAACCGAAAUUAAUGAUAAAACAAGAAAGAUUAUCUUGAUCAUGGAUGGCACAUUUGCAAAGUCAAUAGUGCCAUUGAUUGAAGAUGUUCCUCAAAUCGACUCGAUUUUGGUAUUUCGUAAUGAUGUACAUCAAUAUGACCAAUGGGCAAAAGAUUAUCCGAAAGUCAAAGGUGUGUUUGCAGGUAUUCAUUCAUUGAUAAAAUGUCUUGAGCAAAUUAUCGAUCCUGAUUAUUUUACAAUGAUUGAUAUUAUUGGACCAUCAAAUAUAAAUUACAAUUAUUUAAAUGCUUCAUUCGUGUAUUCUCAACUAUUGAAAGAAGUUCUAUUAGAUAUUCAUACAGAGAAAGAAACUGAUCGACGUUCAUUUAUUGAACAUUAUUAUAAACCUCUUUCUGACAAUACAAUCAUUGAUCUAUCGGGUAUUGAUUAUAAAAAACAUUCUCCGAUUCAUUGUUAUUCUAUUAAUUCAUCCGUAUUCAACACAGUGAAUCAAGCGCUGCGUACUGUAAAUGUUGAUUUACUUGUAAAAAUGACCUUUUUUAUUGGUGAUCUUCACAAACAAAUCAAAGAAUUACAUUCCAAGGUACCAAUCAAAGACAAAUUAGUCGUUUUUCGUGGUCAAGCUCUAACGAAAAGAGAAUGUAAAAAACUUGAAACUAGCAUUGGCGGUUUUAUAUCAUUCAACUGUUUCCUAUCGACAAGUACUAAACAAGACAUUUCAAAAAUGUUUGCCGAAAGUAAUAGUUCCGCACAAGGUUGUAAUGGUGUAUUAUUUGAAAUUGAAAUUGAUCCUGAAAUUUCAUCGAGUCCAUUUGCAUCAAUCAAAGAAUAUUCUCAAUUUCCGGAAGAGCAUGAAAUUCUUUUUUCAACACAUACAAUCUUUCGUAUAGAUCGUGUGACUGUACAAAACGAUGGUUUAUAUUAUGUUCAUCUAAGUUUAACAAACGGGAAUCACGAUAAAAAUCUUUAUGAAUUACUUGCUUAUCGAAGAAAAGAGAUUGAAGGACAAACCUGCAUACAUCGUCUUGCUCAAUUAUUAUAUCGAAUGGGUAAAUUUCAGCAUGCCAAACAUUUCUUUCAGAUAUUACGUGGUACCACUUUCUCUUGGGAUGAGAUCUUUCAGCUUAGCCAUUAUAUCGCUCGAAUCGAUUGUCAGAUUGGUGAUUUAAAACAUGCUACAGCUCAGCAAGCCAUAGCAAUGCAAUUUUAUGCUGGUCGUAAUCCCGCACUUACUGCUGAUAUCUAUGUUGGCAUGGCAGAAAUCUUUUUACGAAGCGAUAUGCUCGAGGAUAGUUUAGAAUUAUACAAGAGAGCGUACACAAUCGCUGAACAAUCACCAACAAUUAACGAUCACAGUAAAGUUUUAUAUCUCAAUAAUAUUGGAUUUGUGCUUAACCUACAAAAGAAUUACGAUCAAGCAUUGGCCCAUUUUGAAAAAGCACUAGAUAUUGCCGUCGUUCGAUUUCCAUCAACACAUCCAGAUAUAGCUAAUACUUACCAAAAUAUCGGAUCACUUUACUUUGAUAAACGCGAUUUCAAGAUGUCUAUUGAUUAUUUAAAGAAAUCAUUCGAUAUUCAAGAAGUAUCUUUGCCAUCUGAUCAUCCAUCAAUGGGUUAUAUACAUUAUAAUCUUUCGAAGGUGUAUGUGGAACUUAAUCAAUGCGAUGAGGCCAUUCAUCAUAGUCAGUUGGCAAUCGAUAUUUUGAAAAAGUCGUUUUCUGAUGAUCAUCCAGAAAUACGUAAAAUUCAAGGGCAUCACGAUGCAGUAUCUGUUGUUCAACGUUGGAAGCGUUCAUCUGAUACAUCGCAACAUCGAGCAUUUGAACAUCUUAUAACCCAGUUGGUGAUCAAGAUGAUGGAAGACGAUCAAUAA